AUGGAUGAUGUAAGUGACAUGAUUAUUGUUGAACUCAAGCAAGCAGCAGUGAACCACCUGAGCAGAUAUUAAAAUUAUAUCAGUAAUGAGCCAUUCCAUUUAAUAUACGCACCCCACCCCCUAUUAGGGUAUAAAUAUUUUAGAACCCCCUUGGAUGUGAUAUUUGGAAGUUACCCCAUGGACAUCUUUAUACUCCCUCUAGGAUAUCCCUUGGAUAUCAGUACAACACCUAAUUUUGCUAUUUUUUUGAAAAUUUCUUAAGCUCCCCACUAGGAAAUUUUAAGAUAAAAACCACCCUCCCCCCAUAGGAUUUCCAGACCCCUCAAUAGGGGGGAGGUGCCUAUAUUAAAUGGAAUGGCCCAAUAUUAUAGUAAGGCAAAAUCAUCUAUCAGUCUAUGCCCUUGUUUUGAUACAUUUAAUCAAGUUCAUCUAGUGUAUAAUUAGCACGUUAGUCUGAUUAAUUGAAAUGUCAAAUGACAGGCAUGAUACUUCCCAUUUAAUAUAAUGCAUAUAAUAUAAGGCUUAUUCAUUACAUCUAUUAAAAACGUACCUGGACAGUGGACACUGUACAGUCCCAUUCUUGCGAAAAUAAUAUAAAAUAAAAUACAAUAAGCAACUUUGACUGUAAAAGUGAGUGUAUUUUAAUUCCAUGUUAUCCUGAUGACUAAUCUACAGUUGAAACGUUGAUAUAUAUUUAUAAUCAAAAUGCAAAUAUUCGGAGUUCCAUUAUUUAUUUACUUUGUACCAUCAUACGCCUGGUCACAUGGAAUCAUAACAAAGGCAAAUUCGUCAAAUUUAUAGCUUCCACUUUUGGAUCUCAACUUCCAAUGUUUUUAAAAAUUUGUGUGGGCCAAUGGGCUUUAAUAAAAUCAUAAUGCACUCUUGAUAACGUCUUCUUUGCUAAUUAUGGUCAUAAAAAGUCGUAUAUCGUCAGCUAUAUCUACCAUCGUCAAUAAACUUGAAACUUCCUGGUUUUUUCCUUCUUUUUCUAUUUCCUUCUUAUUUCCUUCAAAUUGUAGAAACUUCCUUUAAAAGGAAAAAUUCCUUCCAAGUGGAAACCCUGAAUUUGAGAUUUAUAUCGCGAAAAAUUUAAAUUACUGAGCAAUAAUUGAGCAUGGAAAAGCGUACCAAUAUAAAAAAAAAGACGAAAUGUAAUAGCGAAAAGCGGGUUUUAACAUGUCGAGUUGUAGAUUGUAGACAAGAAUUACUCGCCAAAAAUUAUCGGCAACACUUAUUAUCUCGCCAUCCUGCAGAAAAUUCACAAGACCUGUUUGCUUUCGGGCAAUCAAAACUAUCUUUCUUCUCUUAUUGUUCUGUUAAUGUCGACAAAAGAGAUGUGGAGAAGUUGAACUGAUAGAUCAACCUAUUGAGAAAGCUUCAAAAUCUCGGCACGAUGUCAAUGUUACAGGAUCAGUGUAUAUUAACACCGAAGAUGACGUCAAAAAAGUUGAGGAAUCGGAUAACCAGAAACUUGAUAUCAUUAUGACUGACCUUCAAGAAGUUAAAAAGAAUUUAUUACUAUUGGUGACAGCUCAAGGAGUGAGUUCCAAAGGCGAAGAUACUAUAGAAACCAAAGCGGUGCAACUGCAACAAAAUGACGAGAGAUUUGAUGAAGAGAUGGAUACUUUGCUUGCAAAAGUUACAUUGGCGAGAUCUAUAGCUGAAAUUGAACAAACUGGGUUUGUCUACGAUUCUAACAAAAACGAACUGCGUUGUUCAGUUUGUGCAAUUCCCCAAGCAAGGCAACCAGCCGCGGAAGAUUUAGCAUCUAUGCAGACUGGUUCAUUAACAGGGAUUUUUGCAUAUGAACAGAAAACUGGCCUGCUAUUUUCGGAAGACGAAAAUCUUCCUGAAGAGUUCAGAAAUCUAAAAAAAACAUUUAAAAAGACACAUCAAAAAAUCUAA